CCAUGCGUGCGGUGGGAAGCUGACAGGUGAUUGAAGUUACAAAUCCUGGUCCACGUCAUCAUUAAUUUGAUCCACUGCAGGUAACUAAUUGUCAUCUUGGAGCUUCAUAUAGCCCAGUAAUGUCAACAGAGGGUCAGGUGAUCAGAUGCCAGGCAGCUGUAGCUUGGGAGCCUGGGAAGCCCCUCUCCAUUGAAGAGGUGGACGUAGCCCCACCUAAGGCCCAUGAGGUCCGUAUCAAGAUUACAGCCACGGGGGUGUGUCACACAGAUUGGGCAUAUCUGUACGAGACUGGGCAAGGGAUGCGUGCCAGACCGUACCCAUUAGUUCUCGGCCAUGAGGGAGCAGGAGUGGUGGAGAGUGUCGGCCCCGGUGUAACCACAUUUUCACCAGGUGAUAAAGUUAUUCCUCUUUUUCUGCCACAAUGCGGUCAAUGUGAACGAUGUCGCAGUCCUAAGACCAAUCUCUGCAUGAAGCACUGGGCCAAUACACAAAUGGGAGUGUUAGCUGAUGGCACAAGCAGGAUUUCCUGCAAAGGGCAGCAGGUGUACCAGUUCCUCGGUGUCAGUUCGUUCUCCCAGUACACAGUGGUGCCCGAUACCUCAGUUACCAAGAUAAGGGAUGACUCCCCUCUUGAUAAAGUGUGUCUGCUGGGCUGCGGCGUCUCCACGGGCUACGGAGCGGCUCUCAAUGCAGGCAAGGUUGAACCCGGCUCCUCGUGUGCUGUGUUUGGACUCGGAGCCGUUGGACUGGCUGCUGUCAUGGGCUGCCAGGUCGCCGGGGCAACCAGGAUCAUCGGUGUUGACAUCAACCCGGACAAGUUUGAGAAGGCCAAGGAGUUCGGAGCCACCGAGUGUGUGAACCCCAGUGAGCACAGCAGACCCAUCCAGGAGGUCGUGGUGGAGAUGACUGCCGGGGGCGUGGACUGCGCCCUCGAGUGUGUCGGCAGUGUCACUGUCAUGAGGGCCGCGCUGGAGUCUACCAGAGAAGCCUGGGGCACUUGUGUCAUUGUUGGCUGGACAGAGACUGAAGAGAUGAGCGUCAUCGUUCACAAGCUCCUGAUGGGCCGCACCUUGAAGGGGACAUAUUUUGGAGGCUGGAAGAGUGUGGAGAGUGUACCUAAACUGGUGGAAGACUACAUGAACAAGAAGAUGAAGUUGGAUGAGUUUGUGACACACACCCUGCCGCUGGACCAGAUUAAUGUGGCUUUUGACCUUUUGAAAUCUGGAAAGAGCAUCCGUACUGUUGUCAGUCUGUGACACCAGGCGGCUAAACCUGAUGGAUAAUCAGCCUCUGGAUCAACCCUAUGCAUCUUCAAUAAUGGUUCUUCAUUUCUCCUUUGUUCUCCUGUGUUUUUCAUGUAGAUUGCUAUUUAUGCUUGCCUCCUAUGAGAAAUAGUUUUGGCUGUGUAUGAAACCUCUAUUUAUUUACAUGUGGAUGUCAUUUUCAUUAAAUAGACUCGGUGAUGCCUUUCACAUGUAGAUGUGAAGUGAGGACAGAAAGGUUCAAUAAGAACUUUAAGCCUUGAGAUGAUUUUAAAGUGGAUUUUGCAUAAUCAGUUCAGCUUCAUAUCAGAGAGAUCUUUUGGAUAUUAUGUAAGAAGAGCUCAGGUUUCUAUAUGUAGGCUGUUUGGGCAAAGAUAUUGAUGAGUCCAAUGCCUCCUCUGUAUCCACUUGUAACAAAUUACCACAUUGACCACUAGAUGGCAGUCACAUCUCACUUAAAGAUUUUAUCUUUGAAAAUAGAGCACUCCAUUCAUGAAUAGUAUCUGUAUAAAGACACUGCAUUUCUGUCUCCAUAUUAUCCUGCAUUUAAACUACAUAAAAUAUACUUUUCUUCACAGUUAGUUAUCACUGACCUGAUCAAAAGGGAGGAAUAUUAAUCUGGAGUAUUGAAUUCCUUCUAAAGGCAGCAAAUUGUCAACAUGCAUUUGUCCCAAAAGCGCCAAGACAAAUUUCCUGUAUCUUUAUUGUACCUGGCAGUUGAGUGAUUCUGGCUCUGAUGUGAAGAGGCAAUGGGGGAAAAAAAAUACGCUUGUGCUGAAGACGGGGCAAGAAAACCAGCCACCAAACGGCUGAAUCUGUCCUCAGCCAUAAAGAAAUAUCUGUGGUCAGGCUUACCAAGUUUUGUCCUUGGUAAUAUUAUAUAUUGAUUUAAUAGGGAGUCAACUACAAGGGCUAAAAUAACAGUUGUGGGCUGUCAUGACACAAGACAAAAGGUUGGUUGGGGAAUGCCACUCGGCGAUGAACUGAAAUAGCUGUCUAAGGAAUUUGCUUUAUUGAAGUUCCAUUCAGAUCAAAUGAAUACCCUUGGCAGUUUCCCCCACGUUUCCAACUUUAUUUUAAAAUGGAAAGGAAAGUGGCGCUUCCCUUCACGUUGGUCUGCGCUCCCUGUUUGUAAUCAAUCAGAGGUUAUAAAAGCGGUGCUCAAAGAUUGCGCGCCUCCCUCACUGAAUCUCAAAGAAAAGACAGUUAUCGAGAAAUGGAAACUGGAAUAAUGCUGAAAAUGGGCGCGUUGGACAGAGCGCGAGAGAAAGAGGGAGAGAGAGAGGGAGAGAGAGAUCAAAAGAGAAGGAAGGACAAGUUUUAACAGGUGCUUAUGUGACUGGGCACCCUCAACUAUAAAUGUUGGUCAUGCUCACAGAUUUAUAAGGCCUUCUUGGGGACAUGUGCCUGAAUGUCUGGCUCAUCUAUGGGAAAACUAUCCAUAGUGACGACCAUAAGUCUCUCCGGCCUUUUUUCUCUCUACAUCUGAACUCCUCAACCUCUGGGGUUGUCACAGCAUUUUGCAACUGAUACACUUGAGGACAUACUGUCUGAAUUAGCAUCAGCGUCCUGCUACAGUUUUGAAAGUUGUACAUGUUUUAUAUCGAUCUGUGUUGCUUUUUUGGCUAAUACUUUUGUGGAGAUAAGCUGUAAAAUCACAGUAUCUGUGGCUCUGGCCGAAACUGACUUGUUAUAACGGUGACAGAGCUGGCAACCGUGAUAAUCGCAAAGGAUGAAAUCAUAUCAGGAUAGGUUGAUUUUACUUCUUGCUGUCAUAAUUUUAUAGGUAAAAUGACUCUCUCAGGCACAUGAAGAUAAUUGACAAACUUCAGAAACAGCAGACAAAUGCCAUCACACACACACACACACAAAUGUCAAAAGUGCUGCUUUGUCUUUUGCAAUAUUUAGAUUGGGAUCAAGAGAUUUCCACCAAAUUUCCAAGCUGUAUUCCUGCGUGCACCCUGAAGCACACAUGAUGCCAUGAUGUAAAACUGGAAGAAGGGAGGAGAGAUGGGGAUUAUAUCUAUAUUCCCAAAGGCCUAUAUUCCCACAGUGUAUAUGUUUUUCAGUGCACCAUUUUCAAACACCAUUUCAGAUAUUCUUCAGUGAAUGUGCACUAUUAGAUUACACAUUUUUGUUAAUAGGCCUAUACACAUUAUGAACUUGAUUCUGUGUUGGGGGAGGGUUCUGUAUGUUGCCAGUGUUAAUGCCAGCACUAAUACCAACUCAACCAA